CCACCUUGUUAUAUGGAAGCAUUGAGUUAUUAAUAUAAUCUAACAUAUAAUUUAUCUAUAAAACUUUUGUGAAGGAUAUGUAUAAGUUUGAACGGAUACAACUUUUACAAUAAGGAUAACCUUGGAUCUGAAAAAUUUGAGUUCCUAAUGGAAAAUCGUGUGGCGAUCAUCGGAGCAGGAGUUAGUGGCCUUCUUGCCUGCAAGUACACUCUCAACAAGGGAUUGACUCCAACAGUUUUUGAAGCUGAAGAAAGAAUUGGAGGAGUUUGGGCACGUACUAUUGACUCAACCAGGCUCCAAAACACCAAACAAGUAUACCAGUUUUCUGAUUUUCCAUGGCCUUCCUCUGUAAAAGAUGAGCAUCCUACCCACACCCAGGUUAUGGAGUAUCUUGAAUCUUAUGCUCAUAAUUUCAAUGUCUUUCCUUGCAUAAAAUUCAAUUCCAGAGUCAUCUCUAUAGAUUAUGUAGGAGAAUCUUUUCAAGAGAUGGAAUCAUGGGAUCUAUGGGGUGGAACUGGUAAGCCUUUUGGCUCUAAAGGAAAAUGGCAUAUCAAGGUUCAACACACCAAAACUUGCAGCAUAGAGGAAUAUCAUGCUGAGUUUGUUAUUCUUUGCAUUGGACAAUUUAGUGGCGUUCCAAACAUUCCAGAGUUCUCUCCAGAUGAAGGGCCACAAGUAUUCAAGGGCAAGGUAAUGCAUUCAGGUGACUUCUCUGCUUUGGACAAUUUGGGUACUGAAAAAUUCAUCCAAGGAAAGAGAGUUGCAGUCAUUGGUUCACACAAAUCUGCAGCUGAUACAGCAACAGAAUGUGCCAAUACAAAUGGAGUCAAUUUCCCAUGCACGAUGGUUCAAAGGAAUGCUCAAUGGUUUCUGCCUGGCGGCUCUUUCUCUGUAUUUUUGCUUGGUUUUUUGUACUUGAAUCGCUUCUCAGAACUAUUGGUUCAUAAGCCUGGAGAAACAUUUCUAUUUAGCUUUUUGGUCACCUUGCUUUCACCCUUGAGAUGGGGAAUUUCCAAAUUCAUGGAGAGCUAUCUCAAGUGGACUCUCCCAUUGAAGAAGUAUGGAAUGCUACCCAAAUUCAGCUUUGAUGAACAUAUGUCUUCAUGUCAGAUUGCAAUGCUACCCGAAAAUUUCUUCGACAAAGUGGAAGAGGGGAGCAUCAUCAUUAAGAAUUCGCAAAGCUUUAGGUUCUGUAGAGAAGGUCUAAUUAUUGAAGGAGAAGCUCAGCCAUUAGAAACAGACAUUGUGAUUUUCGCCACAGGAUUCAAGGGUUAUGAAAAACUUGCAAACAUUUUUGAGUCUUCAGUUUUCCAGGAUUGCUUAAAGGCCACUGCACCACUUCUCCUUUACAGGCAAAUACUUCAUCCUAGAAUACCUCAAUUGGCGAUUAUAGGAUAUAAUGAGAGUUUCUCAACUCUGGGAAACUCUGAAUUGAAAAGCCUAUGGUUAGCAAAUUUUCUUGAUGGAAACCUUGAAUUGCCUUGUGUUAAGAGCAUGGAAAAGGAGGCCAAGAUGUGGGGAGAUCACAUCAAGCAGGUUACUGGGAGAUACUUUAAGAGAGCUUGUAUUAGCAACGCUAAUAUAUGGUAUAAUGACCAACUCUGCAAGGACAUGGGCUACAACCCCAGAAGAAAGAAUGGGUUUUUAAGAGACCUGUUUAUACCAUAUGCACCAACAGAUUAUGCAGAUCUCACUACCAAGUGAAGUAGAUCAAACCUGCAAGCACUGUAAAUCAGAAUAAAUGAUAAAUUGAUUCAUAUCAAUUGAUCCCAGGAGAAAAAAAAUUGGGGGUUUUUAACAGGCUUGUCACUUGUUUGUGCCAUAAUGUAUAUACAGGGCUCUUAGUAACUUCCAUGUA